CAUUCGUUCACUAUGGGCUCUGGAUUCAACAAGACUGCGCGCAACCUUCGCGUUGCUGCCUUUGUCAUUGGCCUUAUUGGCGGCAUUGCUGCUAUUGUCGGCUAUGCCGGCCUGGUCAACAGCGACUCGGCCGCAAUGAAGGCUGGCUUGCCGUACAAGCAGCUGGCCUGGGGUCCCGCUGCCAUCUACGCCGUCCACCUGGUCUCGCUCAUUGCCCUGUUCAAGCACUGGCCGAUUCUCAACAACGUUCACACCAUUCUGAUUGCCGUCACGUUCGUCUACCUCGCCACCAACCAACUCACCACCUAUCUGCUCACUUACUGCAACGAGUACCCUGAACUCCAGCUCAAGAUGACUGGCCUCGACGGCGAUUGCGGCAACGUCAAGACCCAGUUCGGUGGUCUCAUUCUGAUCAUUGCUUCUCAGAUUCUCUUCCUUCUUGGCGCCGCCGCGAACGAAAACGGCUACACUUCAAUCUAAACAGCUUUGCCUUGUUUUGUUUGUUUGUUUGAUCGAUCAGCUGCACAAAUGCGAUGCAAGCUUUUCUCUGCGGUUUA